CCGUUACUGCAGGCCCUGUGAACUUUGACUGGAUGUAAACAAUUGCUACAUAGUAAGGCAGGGAAGGUUCGAAGGUUGUGAACUUGCUCAAGGAGAAAGGAUAAGAGAUCGCAGUCUGCAAUUCUGCAACAGUCUGAGAGAAGUCGCUCCUUCAUGCUUUUUUGGUGACGCAGCACUCCCUCUACUCAUCCUUCAACAUGAAUUUCCUGUUGGAGACGCUUAUGGUCCUCGGAAUGACCCUGUACUACAACCUGGAGACCCUCUUUCGGUUGAUUGUCCCCCAGCGCCGGAAAAGUGUGGCAGGCGAAACGGUCCUUAUCACCGGAGCUGGGAGCGGCCUUGGCCGUGGACUGGCACUGGAGUUUGGCAAGCUGGGUGCCAGACUAGUAUUGUGGGACAUCAACCAGGAUGGCAUCAAAGAGACAGCUCGCCUGGUCAUGGAGCGCCACAACGCCAGGGCCAACACUUACGUGUGUGACUGCGGUGACAGAGAUGAGGUCUACCGGGUGGCUGAUCAGGUUAAACGAGAAGUGGGUGAUGUGACAAUUCUGAUCAAUAAUGCGGGUAUCGUGACGGGGAAGAAAUUCCUGGACUCUCCAGAUGCCCUAAUUGAAAAGACUAUGGCGGUCAACACCAUGGCACACUUCUGGAUGUACAAGGCGUUUCUCCCAGCGAUGAUUGCAGGUAAUCAUGGUCAUGUGGUUAGCAUCGCAAGCUCUGCUGGACUCAUUGGUGUUAACGCACUUGCAGACUACUGUGCCAGUAAGUUUGGUGCCGUUGGCUUCGCAGAGUCCAUGGCUCUGGAGCUGCUUGCCAUUGGGGCUGAACAAGUGAAGACGACCAUCGUAUGUCCCUUCUUCAUCAACACAGGCAUGUUUGAUGGAGCCACAACAAAGUGGCCCAGGCUGAUGCCCAUCCUUGAGCAGGACUACGCAUGCCGCAAGAUCACAGAUGCCAUCCUCAGGGAUCAGGUGUACCUGUAUAUGCCCCGAAGCGUCUACCUCGUCAUCGCACUCAAGAACAUUUUGCCUAUAAAGAUUGGAGUCCUGCUGGGACAGUAUCUGGGAGCGUUUGAGUUCAUGGCACAGUUUAAAGGCCGUGCCAAGAAGAGCCAGUGACCCUGAAGGAAAAGCGCUUAUCACUUAAAGAAGGACCACGCAAAGAAGGACCACGUGAAGACUGACGGGACUGUGAAGGAACUGCCCAGUUUAUAAUCGCUGUACUGCUAAUGUUUUAAUAUUUUUUAAAAAACAAAAUAAUGUCUACAAAUAUAACAAUUUCUACAAAUAUAACAAUUUCCAUAUGUUAUUUGAAUGUUGGUGCGUGUGCGUGCAUGCACUUUUUUUGAAGUGAUUUUCAAUUCAGAAUUGUAUGCAGACCAAUUGAAGAGAGGUUAUUAUGCAACUUCAAGCACUUCAUGUUCAGUUAAUUUUACCUAGUCUCAUAUUACAUGGACACACAUGUUCCCUUCUGCUCACCCUGUGCAUGUUUUCUACUCAGCUAGCUGAUAAAUAUGUAAGCAGUGUUAUAGUGCAGACUUCACGUCAGAGGCAGCAAGGACAAUGCUCAGAUUUUGCUGGCAUGAAAUUCAGUCCAGAAAAUGGGGUCUGUCAAGUCUUCAUUUGUUUUUUUAAUUUUUCAGGGAAGCUUCUGACUGAAGAUAAGCUAACUUUAAUUGUUGCAUAGUGUUCCUUUAAAUAUCAUAAUCAUAAGCAUUUCAACAGCAUCAUGUUCAUCAGUAAUCAACUUACACAAUAAUACAGUACUGCGUUAUGACUCAUUUUCACACUAUGAAUGUUUUUUUUUAAUUGAAUGUUCUGUACAAACCAUUUACGUCCUCAUAAAACAUUUUCAUGAAAUCA